AUCUAAGUAAAAUAAUUUAUUUAAACAAAAAAACUCAAAAAUGUUUGUGCAAUAUAUUUUAAUAUUGUUAUUGAGCCAUUUUUUAAUAUCAGUGACGCCUCUUGAGUGCUAUACGUGCGACUCAGCUGAGGAUACCGAAUGUGCUACUAGUCCGGGGCAACAAAUUAGUGUAGAAGAAUGUUCAUCUGAUUUAGAUGAGUGCGUGACAGUAAUCGUUGCUGGAAUUACACGUCGUGGAUGUUUGUUGAAGUUAUUUCCAAACAAAUAUUGUCCUGAGCCAUGUGACCGAUGUAAUUAUAGUCUAUGUAAUCGUAAUAUUUUUCCCUUGGAGCGAUUACAAUGUUAUCAAUGCGUUGGAGCUGAGUGCAUUAAUGUCAGCGGAAAGAAAAAUCUGAUGUAUCCUUGUCCAUUAUAUGACAGCACUAAUCGGUGUUAUACUAAUAUAAUAGGUCUUAGUAAUGUUCAACGUGGCUGUGCUCAAGCUGAUGCUUCAAUCUCGUGCUCUAGUGUUUGUGCAAAAUGUAACUAUAAUGGUUGCAAUAACGAAUCAGUUAUUUCUGAAGAAACUUGCUUUGAGUGUAGUCAUACACUUAAUAAUCCUAAUCCAAAUUGUCUACGACAGUUUGAAUAUAUAUCAGGAAGCACCCAAUGUUCCAUCCAGAAUGUAACUCGUUGUAAAAAUAAACUAAUGAGCGGACAUAUUGGGCAGUGCUAUUUAUAUCAAAAUGAACAGACUGGCGUAGUUCAAAGAGGGUGCUCUUCAAAUAAGCCACUAUUUACCAAUGGUAACCUAAUUGAAUGUACUGGCAAAGACUGCAAUAAAGAGUGCAUAACAAUAAGUUGUAAUAAUUGCACUACAAAUGAGAAUAAUAAUUGCCGAACCAGUAAAUUUCUGACUAAACAGAAAUGUGCUCCAUCAACUUUUUCUUGCUUCUCUUGUGAAAAAGAUUUAAGUUUAAGAAGAGGUUGCUCGGAGGAGGAUGAAAACAGUGACACUGCAGAGGUUUGCUAUAAAUGCAGUCAAACAGAUGGUUGUAAUAAUGAAUCAGUACGUACUUGUUAUCAUUGUUCAUCUCAAUUACAACCGGAAUGUGCUAACGAGCCAACACUACCUGCUAUAGAUAAGAGAAAGUGUGCUUUUAAUGACGAACUGUGUGUUAGUGUAGUAAUGAGUAAGAUGAAUUAUCUUUAUGUAGUUAGAGACUGUGCUUCACAAGUUCCAGAAUGUACGGAAAAUAAUCCGUUCUGUGUAAGUUGUAAUGGAACUCUAUGUAAUAAUAAACCUAUUCUAAUCUCUUAGAAUUUUUAAUGUUUAUACUAACA